AUUAUUAUUAUUAUUAUUAUCAAUUUAUUAUGUAUUAAUUUUAUUUCAAUCAUUGCAGAUGAAAACUUAUAAGUCUUGAGUAGCGUUUGAGGCAUUUGCAUGAAAAUUUCAAAAACCGCAUAAUCAUAUAACUGGAUAAAAAGCCAUCACACACACAUAUAUAUACUUGGAAAAUAGCUGUAUUGUUGACCCUGCCCUCGAAGGUUGUGUCUAAAGACUAAAUAGUGUUGAACAAUUCAAGUUCAUCAUAGCCUAAUUCUUCUAGUUGAACUAUUCAAGUUCAUUCAUUUUUGGUUAUCUUUCUUAGAACUGCCCAGUUCCCACUUCUCAUAAUUGGUACCUCCUUGAAGUUAUUAAAUCCAAGAAAAGGAUUUUCUUGGUAAGAUUGGAAACCUGUGUGGCACUUCAUGGCUAUCUCUCGUGUACUUGCUAUACUCAUUCUUCAGUACUCAUUAGUAGCACUAGUUUCUUCAGCUGGACCACGAGGUGGCUGGAAAACAUUGCAAGGAUCUCCACCUCUGGUCAUAGCACGUGGCGGGUUUUCAGGGAUAUUUCCAGAUUCAAGUUCACUUGCCUAUAGUUUGACACUAGAUACUUGUGGCCCAAAUGUGACUCUAUGGUGUGAUGUGCAAUUGACAAAGGAUGGUGUUGGGAUUUGUUUCCCAGAGCUCAAGCUGGACAAUGCCUCUGACAUUUCCAUUGCUUACCCAGGCAAGGCAAAGGAUUACUUAGUUAAUGGGGUCUCAACCCGGGGAUGGUUUUCUGUGGACUACAACUUGGCAGAACUAGCAAAUGUCUCUGUUGUUCAGGGGGUAUAUUCUCGGACUAAUAAGUUUGAUGGUAACAAGCUUCCCAUUCGCAGUGUUGAAGACGUAGCUAAAUUAAUAAAAUCACCAUCUACAGGCCUGUGGCUAAAUAUUCAGCAUGAUUCAUUCUUCAAGCAACAAAAUUUGAGUGUAGAAAAUUUUCUGCAAUCUCUCCCUGCUAAAAGUGUACCUGUCAAUUACAUCUCAUCACCUGAUGUGGAUUUCUUAAGAAGAGUAAAAUCAAGCUUUAGUUCUGGACCAACUGGCUUCAUCUUCCGGUUUCUCGAGCAGUCUAAACUUGAACCUACAACCAAUCAGACUUAUGGUGAACUCUUGAAAAAUCUCAUGCUUAUCAAGACAUUUGCUUCAGGAAUUCUUGUUCCCAAGGGCUAUAUAUGGCCUGUAGACUCAGGCCUUUAUCUACAACCACAUACCCCUCUUGUCACUGAUGCUCAUAGAGAAGGGCUGCAAGUUUUUGUAUCAGACCUUACUAAUGAUGUUCCAUUUAGCUACAAUUUCAGCUAUGAUCCUCUGGCUGAGUGUCUAUCUUUCAUCGAUGGUGAUGAUUUUUCUGUUGAUGGUGUGCUGUCUGACUUCCCAGUAACUCCAUCUGCAGCCAUAAAUUGCUUUUCUGGCCUAGGAAAAAAUGCCAAAAAACAAGUGGACACUUUGGUUAUCACAAAAUAUGGAGCAAGUGGAGAUAAUCCUGCGUGUACUGACCUUGCAUAUAAUCAAGCUAAAUCAGAUGGGGCUGAUGUACUUGACUGUCCUGUUCAAAUGUCCAAGGAUGGAAUACCCUUUUGCUUAAGCUCUAUAGAUCUAUCAGAGAGCACAACAGUUGCUGAUACACAAUUGAAAAACCGUGCAACGACUAUUCCCGAGAUUAAAUAUCGCAGUGGCAUAUAUACAUUCAGCUUGACAUGGGAUGAGAUAAAAACAUUGACUCGUAAGUUGAAUGGUGUUUUUAAUGCUUAUUAUCCAGCCUCAAUAUUGAACCCUUAUGAGAAAUACAUAUUGUCCCGGAAUCCAAAAUCCAAAAAUCUAGGAAAACUUAUAACCUUGUCUGACUUUUUGUCCCUGACUGAAGGCUCUCGCAUCUUGAUUAGCAUAGAGAAUGCAGCCUAUCUUGCUGAGAAGCAGAAUUUACGUGUGACUGAUGCAGUCCUUGAUGCUUUACAGAAAGCAAAACCAAGAUCACAUAAAGUUAUGAUUCAGUCAACUCAUAGCUCUGUGCUUAAAAUAUUCAAAGAUAAAUCCAAAUUUGAAAGGGUUUACAAGGUUGAUGAGAACAUUGGCGGUGCAGCUGACUCGGCCAUUGAGGACAUCAAAACAUUUGCUGAUGCUGUUGUUAUAGGAAAGGCAUCUGUUUUUCCUGAAAGUUCAGCCUUUCUAGUUAACUUUACAAAUAUUGUGGCAAGGCUAAAAUCAUUUAAGCUCCCAGUUUUUGUAGAAACUUUCAGCAAUGAAUUUGUAUCUCAAGCAUGGGACUACUACUCAGAUCCAUCCAUUGAAAUAAAUUCAUUUGUCAUUGGAACCAAGGUUAAUGGCAUUAUUACUGACUUCCCCAAGACAGCAAAUAGAUACAGGAGGAACUUGUGUUUAAAGCAUGGCAAUGAAGCACCUUAUAUGAGCCCUAUUGAACCUGGCAAACUUUUUAAACAAAUUUCUAACUUGUACCUUCCACCACUUCCCCCUCCUCUCCCAAUCUUGACUGAUAGUAAUGUGACAGAGGCACCUUUGCCUGGUGUCUCUGGAAGAGUUCCAACUCCUGGAGUAGGAGUAGCUCCAGCCCCCAUUACAGCAUAAAGAAAUGUAAACAAGAAAACUAAGUGUGGCAUCCAUACAUGCCAUAACCUUGUGAACUCCAUAUAUAGUUGGAAAAGGAAUUAAAGGAUUUCUUUCUCUAAGGAGUAUUUUUUUUAUUAAAUUGAACAUUAGAAUUAUUAUGAUAUAUAGUUGCUAUUGUAAUGAUCCAUAGUGUUUCUUCAUUAUCAAUUACAUUCAUUUGGACUGUAGA